GAAACCUGCGAGACAGCAGUGUGUGAGUGCGUGUUAUUAAAGAGCGCAGAAACGGUGGUGACCGGUGGGUUGGUUCUUCUUUGUUAUUCAGGUGGUUGAUCUGAAGCCAUGGCUACAAAAUUGUGGGCAUCAAAGGCCGCUUCCUACCUUAGGAUCUCAGUAUUCCACAGAGGCUUUGCCACUGUUGUCAAGGAUCUAAAAUAUGCAGACUCUCAUGAAUGGGUGAAAGUUGAUGGUAACUCUGCUACUGUGGGCAUUACCGACCAUGCUCAGGAUCAUCUGGGUGAUGUUGUCUAUGUGGAAUUACCUGAAGUUGGGAAAGAGGUGAAGCAGGGGGAUAGUUUUGGUGCUGUUGAGAGUGUUAAAGCCACUAGUGAUGUUUACUCUCCUGUUUCCGGGAAAGUGGUCGAUGUUAAUGAAAAGCUUGGUGAUUCUCCUGGCUUGGUUAAUGGAAGCCCAUAUGAAGAUGGAUGGAUCAUGAAGGUGGAGAUAAGUAACAAGGAUGAACUUAACUCUCUACUGGACUCGGAGCAAUACACCAAGCAUUGUGAAGCAGAAGAUCAGAAGCAUUAGUGGCUCAACAUUUCAAAAAUGAUCCCCGGAUCAUUUGUUGCAUUUGCUUUUGAAGUUCAAUCUUUUUCUUUCCCAUGUUAAAGCAUUUCACACGCAUUGAAAAUUAGUCUAGGUUUAGAAUUUAGUUCCAUGAGUUUUGCAUCCAGAAGCCACUCAUCACGAAUUUAAUUUGCAGUUGGCUACUUCCUUGAGUUCUCAAUUGCCUGAAGCUUCUAUGUAGCACAAUAGGAUGUAUUUACCUGAAUGGGAUGCUACAUGUGAUUGGAAAUAAUUAUAGGAAUUGGACAGCCUGUUCUGACAACCAAAUCUCUUUUCACAAUACUGAGCAUCUGUCCUUUGAUCUUCACUUUUAAA